AUGGCUGUGAACCGUACUACGAUUAUCAUACGCUCAUCGAAAACCCCGCCGUGGACGCCGUCUGCAUCUGUUCUGCUUCGAAUCAGCACACCGAGCAGAUCAUUGCUGCAGCACGUGCCGGUAAGCAUAUCUUCUGCGAGAAGCCCAAUGAUACCAAUCUCGAAGUCAUCGACAAGGCUCUCGUUGAAGUCAGAAAGGCAGGUGUCAAGCUUCAAGUUGGCUUCAACCGCAGGUUUGAUCAGAACUAUCGCAGGGUUCGCGAUGCCAUCAUUGCGGGUGAAAUUGGCUCCCCUCAGAUCUUGCACAUCAUCAGCCGUGACCCUGCACCCCCUCCGCUUGAGUAUGUCAAGAACUCUGGUGGCAUCUGGAUGGACUGUGCUAUCCAUGAUAUGGACAUGUCGCGCUUCCCUAUCGGCUCUGAGGUCGAGGAGGUCUACGUCUUGGGUGCUGUCAACCUCGAUCCCGCCAUUAAGCAGUACGGUGAUGUCGACACCAGCAUCGUCACCCUCCGUUUUUCAAACGGUGUCAUCGGCUCGAUCGACAACUCUCGCGAGGCCGUGUACGGCUAUGAUCAGCGUUGCGAGGUCCUUGGGUCAGGUGGUUCCAUCCACAUCGACAACAAUUACCAAAACUCAGCUGUCAUCUCCGAUUCAUCUGCUGUGA